AUGUACGACAUAUCCAGCGCCAAGCGGGUUGGCCGUGAUGAGCUGCACUCUCCAGUCUCGUCUCCACGCUCUUCUCCCGACCCCGACCUGCAAGACCGCCUGCGCUUGCGGCUCGACAACGCCUACACAUUCACCACCACCGACAUCGACCUUCCCGACGCCAAUGAUGCCGCCAACACUGACGACGACGAGACGGAGCUGCGUCUCUUUGCUACACCCGCCAAUGCCGCUCCCCAGACACUCAAAAUUCGACUCUCCUCGCCAGGCGCAGGCAAUGCAGAGCCAAGCAUGUUCAUCAAGAAGCCCCGAAGCUACUAUUUCGCCGACGACCCCACGAGUGAAGAGGAUGACGCCCUGCAUGCUGCAGCCAUGGACGGACAGGCGGUGUUAGAGCUCUCCAAGCAGCCGUGGCCAGGAUGCGCCCUGCCGUGGAAGGUGCGGAUACUCCCAACUGCAGACACGCGCAGGGCCAUGCUCGCAGCCCAGCCCAUCAUUCCCGCAACAGUUGAUGAGAAGGUGCACAAACGGGCGAGAAAGGGCAAGAAGACGAGAAUCGCAAUCAGAAAGAAGCUGCAGGCAUCCAAAGAGAAGGAAGAAGCUGGGCGUGAGAAGCGAACACGGCGAAAUAGGGAGAAGAAACUCAAGAAAAAGGCAAAGGGACAGGCCAAGAAGCAGUCGGGUGAUGGUGUGCAAGACGCUGAUGAGCCGGCUGCAGAGGAGGAAAGCGAUGCAUCAUAUUGA